CCCACUUGCAGUGUAGCAAUAGUACUACUGGUGGUGGAUUCAAUAAUUAUGGGUUUUACUGGAUGACAUUUGUAGAUUUUCCAAGUGGUAGAUCGGUGUUAGAAUAUGUCAGUAGUGCAGUUGAAUGCGAGGCGGUUUGCUUGAGCAAUUGUUCUUGCCUCGCUUAUUCUUAUGAUCUCAAGUGCUUACAAUGGUAUGGUGAUUUGUUUGAUCUAAAGCAACUUGCAAUCAACGAUAGCGAUGGAAAAAACUUUUAUCUCAAGCUUCCGAUCAGUGAGUUGACUAAAGGUAAAGAGAACAUGCAGUUGUGGAUAAUUGUCAUACUAACCAUAUCUCUGUUAAUGUUUAUUUUGGGCCUUUGUAUUCAUUAUGUUAGAAGAAAGCUCCAUGGGCAAGGGGGGGAUUUGUUAAAAUUUGAUUUGGCAAUGAGCCUAAAUGCGGACCAUACAGAACUUACAGAGGAAAAUAUGCGUUCAGCACGGAAGAAGCCAGAAGUUAAACUGCCAUUGUUCAAUUUUGCAAGCGUUUCUGCUGCAACAAAUGGUUUUUCUUCCACAAAUAAGCUUGGGGAAGGUGGUUUUGGACCUGUCUACAAGGGAAUAUUACUGAAAGGAGAUGAGAUAGCUGUUAAAAGGCUUUCAAAAAGAUCUGGACAAGGAUGGGAGGAGUUGAAAAAUGAAGCAUUGGUCAUAGCAAAGCUCCAACACAAGAAUCUUGUCCGACUUUUAGGCUGUUGCAUAGAGAAAGAUGAAAAGAUAAUAAUUUAUGAAUUCAUGCCUAAUAAAAGCUUGGAUUUCUUCCUAUUUGAUUCAGUUAGGCGUAGGAUACUAGACUGGGAGAUACGAGUUCGUAUCAUUGAAGGGAUUGCUCAAGGGCUUCUUUAUCUUCAUCAAUAUUCUAGAGUGCGAAUCAUUCAUAGAGAUUUGAAGGCUAGUAAUAUAUUGUUGGACAACAACAUGAAUCCGAAAAUAUCAGAUUUCGGAAUGGCAAAAAUCUUUGGAGGGGAUGAGUUACAAGCAAACACAAAUCGAAUUGUUGGAACUUAUGGUUAUAUGUCACCUGAGUAUGCUCUUGAAGGCCUUUUCUCUAUAAAAUCCGAUGUCUUUAGCUUCGGAGUCCUAUUGCUAGAGAUCCUGAGUGGCAAGAAGAACACUGGAUUUUAUCAAUCUAAUUCUCUCCAUCUUCUUGGACAUGCAUGGGAUUUGUGGAUAAGCAACAAGGGAUCGGAGUUGAUUGAUCCAGUGCUAGAGGAAGUAUCGACACAUUUGGCAAUGAGAUAUAUUAACAUAGGGUUGCUUUGUGUUCAAGAAAGAGCAGAUGAUAGACCAACCAUGUCUGAUGUUGUCUCAAUGCUCAACAAUGAAAGUCUGAUCCUACUUUCUCCUAAACAACCUGCCUUCUUAAAUGUAAGAAGCAUAGCGAACCUACCAUUGGUGAAGAGCAGGCAAGAAAUUUGCUCUGUAAAUGAUGUAACAUUUUCAGCCUUCCAGGCUCGAUAA